CCCCUCCCUUCCCUUUACUAUUUUCUAUCCAAACAAGGCGUUAGAGUGGCGCCGUGCACAGUCCACAUCUUCGAAACAUUUUGUUCAUCUCUAUAAAAAUCGGAACGCUGUGUCUGUCGGCUUCGGCUUUUAGUUUUUCUUUUGCUCAUCCCUUACAAAUCGAAGGGCUUAUCAGCUCUUUCUCUUUUUCUUCUCCAUUUAUCCCUUUAUAUAUAUGGCAUCACAAGCCAGCCUCCUCCUUCAGAAACAGCUCAAAGAUCUUUGUAAGAACCCGGUUGAUGGUUUCUCAGCCGGGUUGGUUGAUGAGAGCAAUAUAUUUGAAUGGAGCGUUACAAUUAUUGGGCCACCAGAUACUCUUUAUGAAGGGGGAUUUUUCAAUGCUAUCAUGAGCUUUCCACCUAAUUAUCCAAACAGCCCACCUACCGUAAAGUUUACUUCAGAGAUUUGGCAUCCAAAUGUAUAUCCUGACGGUCGUGUUUGCAUUUCAAUUCUUCAUCCUCCUGGCGAUGAUCCAAAUGGUUAUGAACUUGCCAGUGAACGUUGGAUGCCAGUCCAUACUGUCGAAAGUAUAGUUUUGAGUAUCAUAUCAAUGCUUUCCAGCCCUAAUGAUGAAUCUCCUGCAAAUGUCGAAGCUGCAAAAGAAUGGAGAGAGAGGAGGGAUGAGUUCAAGAAGAAGGUCGGUCGCUGUGUCAGACGGUCACAAGAAAUGCAAUGAUCUGUUACUGGCCAAUCUUCUAUACUCGUGUACCAGAGAAUUUCUUAAUUUAUUUCGUGUGGGGAGAUGUGGUUGAUGUGCUGUGUCCUUGUAGAAUGCCAUCUGAAGUUCUUGCACUCACUUCUGGUCGCCGAGUUAUUGUAAUAACUCAGAACUUAUGUAUUCAAAAUCGUUUUCGUCAAGUCUUUGUUUGCAACAUUCUCUUCAUAUUUCUCCUUUUUGUAGCCGGCUUUUUAUUCAGACAAAUAUUUUUCUUCAGUCAAAUGUUUCAUCUUUGAAUGAGUCUCCUAAGACAAUUUGUAUGUUUGUGGAUCAAAUGCAAAAGCCAGAAUUUCCU